CUCAAGUCAAAGUAAGCCCUACUGAAACAAAUUUUGAUGGAACUUUCUUUCCAUUUUCUCAGGAGUGCUACAGUACUGAUAACUAAUUUUGCAGCAUUUACUAUUCUAUUCUAUAAGUAAAUUCAACUUUUUGCACCAUCUCAUAUAAGCUUGCAAUAUAAUAACGAUUUUCACGUCUCCAAGAGCUUAUAAAUCUGAAAUAUUUUCGUUCAUACACUUACCACAAGGUCAUAUCUUUUGUUCAUAUUCCAUCAGCCAAGAUAAAGGACACAAACUAUCUUUCAGUCAGUAAGUUAACAAUAUUAACAACAAAAUUAAGCACUCAAAGCAUUGAUGAUGACUGAUAAGAGGCACCAAUACCCAACAGUAGCACAAAAGUUUGGUCUAAGAUCAAAUCUUUCUCCACAUGUUGCAAAUUCCUAUAGAGGUUCAGAAAAACCUGUUCUGUUUCAGCAACAGUUUUCAUCCUCAAAUGCAGUGUUUGUUCCAUCACCAUCAGAGAAAAGCUUUGCAAGCUUUGCCACUGAUUUUCUCAUGGGUGGAGUUUCCGCAGCAGUGUCAAAAUCUGCAGCCGCUCCUAUUGAGCGCGUGAAGCUUCUGAUUCAAAAUCAAGAUGAGAUGAUUAAGGCUGGUAGGCUUUCUGAACCUUACAAGGGUAUUGGAGAUUGUUUUGGAAGAACAGUCAAAGAUGAAGGAUUUGCUUCACUUUGGAGGGGAAACACUGUCAAUGUUAUCCGUUACUUUCCAACACAGGCAUUCAACUUUGCAUUCAAAGACUACUUUAAGAAGCUAUUUAACUUCAAGCAAGAGAGGGAUGGAUAUUGGAAAGUCUUUGCAGGAAAUAUUGCAUCUGGUGCUGCAGCUGGAGCUUCAUCUUCCAUCUUCGUUUACUCGUUGGAUUAUGCUCGAACUCGCCUUGCAAGCGACGCCAAGUCCACGAAGAAAGGUGGAGAGAGGCAAUUCAAUGGCUUGAUUGAUGUCUACAAGAAGACAUUACAAUCAGAUGGUAUUGCUGGUCUUUAUCGCGGCUUCAAUGUUUCAGUUGUUGGAAUCAUUGUCUACCGUGGUUUGUAUUUUGGACUGUAUGAUUCUCUUAAGCCAGUGCUCUUGGUAGGAACGUUUCAGGAUAGUUUCCUAGCUAGCUUUGCCCUAGGAUGGGCUGUUACGGUUGGUGCUAGUGUUGCAUCUUACCCUUUAGACACAGUUCGUAGAAGAAUGAUGAUGACAUCAGGUGAAGCUGUAAAGUACAAGAGUUCUUUGGAUGCUUUCUCACAAAUUGUGAAAACUGAAGGUCCAAAAUCUCUCUUCAAAGGUGCUGGUGCAAACAUUCUUCGAGCAGUAGCUGGUGCUGGUGUGCUUGCAAGUUAUGAUAAACUGCAGGUGCUUAUGUUGGGAAAGAAAUUUGGUUCUGGUGGAGCUUAAUUAUCAAUCAACAAGAGACCUUAUACCGCAUAAGAUAGUGAUGAUGAUGGUGAAAAAAACAAUAAGCAAAUCAGUUUAGACUAUUAAAUUGAUUAUUUUUUUUCUAUGGAGAUAAAGGCUAUUUUUUUCAAUGUACUCUAUAGUUUGCUGAAUAUUUUUUUGGAUUUUAUCAGUUUGAGAGUGUGUACUACCAAAUAAAAAAUAAAGAAUGAAACUCGCAUGAUUGAAUGGAAUACAUAAAUUUCGAUCAAUAAUA